CAGAAACGUUCACCCUCUCAAGGUGGCAAGCCUCAACUAUUUCACACGCAGAUCUGUUUCAAAAGUCAUCAAUAUCUGGACGCUUGAAGCUCAUAGAGAUCUUCGGGAGAGUAGACACUAUCUUCAUUAGGAUCAAACGCAAAACAAAAAGACUAAUCCAAUGAAUCUACAUGUGGACUUCAUUGCUUUCUAUUUGCUCAGGUCAGCCAGAUGAACACACACAUAACAGCCCACAAAGCCAAGGUAAGGCAUCUGUGCUUCUUCCUUAUCCUGGGCUUUCGUUUGGUGUACGCUGGUGUGCCAGGUCCAUGUAAGCACUCUGUCACCCAGGACCAUCUCUUAAAUUUAAGACGUCUGAUGAAGAACCAGAUGCAAAAUGGUUGUUCAAUAACCUACACCUUCACUGAGCGCCAGAACCUGGGUGUUGUGUGUUAUGUUAAAGCAGCAUUCCCUCACAUACUGGAGCUCCUCAACACCCAGUUCAGAUAUGCUAGGGACUCGGACAAUUACCGUUAUACUAAUUCACUGAAGAACUUGAUCUACAACAUUUACUCCCAGAGAUGCAUCCCUCCAAUCAAUGAGGAGAUUGAGGAUAGCCCAAUGAAGUUCAUAAGAACCCACAUGACUUUACCCAGGGCAGCUUUGGAGAAAGCUGAGGAAGUGAUACGCAUGUAUAUGGGUCUGAUGAUUCAGAACGACAAGCCCGUGGACUGGAACUGUGAGGAGGAGUACACAGAAGAUUACCCAGAAUCCACCACUGAACCACUUAGGCAAACAGCAGGUGCCUCCAAUUGCGCCUGUAUUUGUCCAACGGCGAGCAAUGAAUCAUCAAAGUCAUCUGCAUCCACAAGCCAUUGGAAUAUUUACCCGAAAUCCACUCUAUCCUCACAAAGAUCAUCCUUUUCACCUGUGGAAACCAGUGGUAAUGAGGGAACUUUACAAUUCAAGUCUGCUGUCCCAGUAACCAAUCGUCAAACACUAGAUCCAGGAACACCUGCCACGUGGAGAUCAGAAGAAAACUUAUCCAACUUCCUUUUUGGUAGCACUCCAGUCUUACACAAAGAACCUUCAAAUUCAGAAAGGCACCACGUGCCAUCACCAGAUCUUUUCCCUUCAUUUACAAAUUUUCAGGAUGUAUUUCCAAGCAGAACUGACUCAAGUGUUGAGACAACCACCUCUGGCCCCAAUCGAAAAAGCACAAGCGAUAGCACGCAGGACCAUGUGGAGAAUAGCACGCCGCUUUUACUUGCCAAGAGAUCUUUAGAUUUCAAAAGCCAAACAGGACCAUCUAGUUCCUAUGUAAAAUUAUCACAGAACUCAGUUGCUCCAACAUCUGAACCGGCAUACAGAGAGAUAAAAAGCAAGCCUUCCCAAAUGCUUCAACAGAGUAAACACAUUGUACCAGUCACAGCCACAGUUCUGUCUUCUUUGAAAACAGCUGCGUAUUCGUCAGAAGGUCUGAGCGCCCUUGUUGAAGAGCCAGGUCAUUUACACAGCCCUCCUGAAAAUUUCCAAACACACACCCAAAGUCCAGUGAGGGUGCCAAGGAAUUUCAUGAGAACCAUCCAUGAAGCGAAGCUCAGCAAAGACCGAGGAUCCCAGGAGAUGAAGGACCAGAUCCACCCAGACAGAGAAAAUCAAAGGAACACUGCCACAGAACAAUCCAGCAGUGCAAUCAUCUCUUUUGGCACGGUCCUCUUAGUUGCAUUAGGGUGUGGUGGACUUCUGCUCAUAACUGUCCUGUUUUACAGGCAACAAAAAGUAAGUGACUCGCAAUUAAUUUUUGCUCUGCUGAGAAGACCCCAUUAGAAUGGCUUCCAGAUCAGUGCUGGUCUUGAGAAAUACAUGCUGUGACCAGUAGCCAAAACAUACGCUGAUGACCAGCUAUGGUGGUCUUUUCAGCAGGGUGUCCCAAGGGAUCUCGUUCAAACAGAAAAAUCAACAUUCUUUGAUGUUUCCAAUAUGAACUGGAGUUCAUUAUUUAUUCCAAACAAACAGCAAAUCGGGAGACAAAAUAUCAGCAGGUAGCUUUUUUCUCAUUAUAAUACAUUUUAAAAGACAUCUUUUAUUGCUCAAAAGAGGUCUGUGAUUGGGACAUGGUACUAGAACAAAUUACUUUUGCACAUUUUAACCUGGAACUGACCACGAAAUGUUAAACGGAAAAUGUUGAUCUUUCUUAAAAAAAGUUCAUUUUCUUUCAGAUGUCAGAUUGUACUCAUUUUCAAACGCAAAUAUAUAUGGAGUGUAAAUAAAUAAAUGAAUAUAUACUGUAUAUACAUGGCAGGUGGGAUGGAGCCACAUUCUGAAUGCCAUCAUAAUAUCUGAGGCAAAUAAUUAAUCUUAUAAUUUGCUUGGCUCAUAUUGUAAAAAGAAUCUAAUAACAAUAAAUUUUAUUCAGUACCAAUAAAAAAAUAUGUAAAAAAAAUGGGGUGAACCUGAACAAUGUGUUGGUCAUUAAAACAUGUUUCAGUUUUUUUUUCCUUUUCACGUCUGUGUCUUAAUUCAGAUGUGCGUUAUUUUAUUGCUUUCAAGUCACAUGCUGCUUUUCUCCUCUAACAUAUGACUUUAAUAAAAUAAGAAGUGUCGGGCAGAAGUAUGUGCAAAGAAUUAGUUUGAAAAAAAAGGAAUUAAAACAAAACUCCCUUAUUUACGCACCCUUAAUCUAAAUCAUAUACCAUUGAAGGGACCGGAUUAAUAAUAGUUUCAUGGGGCUUUCGCAUCCAUAUGCGGACUAAGUUGGUGAAAGUUUUUCUGUGUGCUUCACAGAAGAAACUAAAAACUAAGUCAUAUGGGUUUUGAACAACAUGAGGGUGAGUUAAUUAAGACAACCUUUUUAUUUUUGAGUGAACAAUCCGUUUAAAAACACUUUCAGGCAUUAAGGCAUUUAAAUGUGUCAUGCUGGGACUGAGAACUGAAGGUUUGCUGUUUGAAGCUUUUACUUGACCAUUCAGUGACAUUUCAGAGACACUUCAGUUGGAAUUAUCAUUCUAGACAAAUGAGAGGUUUAAUGGUUUUCAAGGCUAAGAAAUUUCACACAAGAAAUUAAACACAUUGCAGUUUUUGGGGUUUUUUUUAUCAGUACGUGAUUGUGAUACUGUCUACAUACUAAAACCUUCAAAAUCACACAGAGAUAUUUAAUGAUAGCUUACAACAUUGGACAUAUACCGCUGUUCUUUGUUUUUCCCUUUCUAUCAUCGUUUUUUUAAGUUUUACAACCUAAUUCGAUUACACUGGCAUAAAACCAAUUGAUAUCCGCUAAGUAAAUUUCUAUGUGCAAAGCUUGAGUUCAAAUGUCAGAAUCUUGAAUUAACAUCUGUACGGUACGGUUUACAUUAGUUUUAGUGGGGAUUCCUGAAAACAGAGUGUUGUUGUUUAACCAAACCACCAAAUUUCAGAGGCCAAACCUCUGUGGAUGUGCCAAAAAAUGAUUGGAAUUCUCCCUGUAUCAUUGCCUUUUAUUGUGCAACAGUCGAUUUCUUUUAACUGCCUGAGAAUAAUAAAAAAAAACACUUUUGUAAUUAAAUGUUUAAUUAUGUGACAAAGACGAAUUUUGUAUAAAGAAAACACUUUGGUUUCAUUAUGAAUUUAUUAAGAACAGUCUAUUUUGCGUUAACAUCAUGAUGCGCUCGACGACGAGUAUUUAAUCAAACAGACAGAUCAAAGGUCAUUACUAGUCGGAUGUGAGUAAUGCAAUGGCAUUUCUAUCUCGCCCUCCCGCUAAAGAUGAAACACUCUUCAACUUUAGCAUCUGUUAUAUAAUUAACUGUAUUUCAAACUUAACCAGAACCACAUGCAGGCAAGCAUGUUUGUUGCAGUGCUUCCAUGACACAAAAUUUGCAAAUACAUGCACUUUAGGUUGACUGAACUGCAAUUAUUCCAUUCUGGAAAUUGAAUUUUAAAGCAGUCUCUUUGCAGUACCUGAAAGGAGUGCCGCAAAACACAACUAAUUUCGUAAUGAAUUCAAUUCAAAUGCUAACUCGAAUAGAGCGUUUCUUGGAACUUGGAUGUCUCCUCUAAUUAUUUAAACAUCUGUGUCUUAUUAGAAUAAAGUGGGUGACUUUUAUAGUCCUUUUAGGAUAUUUUCAGAGUCUGCAGCAAUCAGAUAUCGCUAUGGGUUAUUGCUAUGUUGCUAUGCGGUUAGGAUUGGCCUUAAAAUUAGAAGGAUGAUAUAACAUUGAAUUUGUUUCAGUGUGCUCUUGGCAUUAACUCGUGCAGAAAUGUGCUACAAAUAGCAUUGAGGCAUAGCACGAAGUUCACAUCCUAACAGGCUUUCCAUAGUGUUUACUACAUCACCAUAUAGCAACACAUGGAGAGCUGUUGAUACCACCAAGUGGUGAGACGCUGUCAGAGCAAGUCAAUGGGAUUCACUAUAAUCCCGCCAUUUUGAUGUGACAUAAUUAUCAAACAUUAAACCUGUAAAUAUCACAUAUUAAAAAUGGUGGUACUGGGAUAUAUCUGAGAUAACUUAUAUUUUAUUAUGAUCCUUAGAUCAACGUUCCUCAGAAAUGGUGCAUUACAUGGUGAGUUUCCCCCGGGUCCUAAAUGAAAAAUUACGCUUUGUGGUGGAAAAGCAUAAAGCGCCGAUGUUGAAAAGAGGCAUGUUUGUUAUCACAGCACAGCGUUUGAUGACUACACAUUUAGAGUGGUUAUUUAUUACUGGUAGGCUUUCGCAGAUGCAUGUCUGGUUCCUUCCUGUCAGGAUGUGGUGUUUUAUGAUCUGAAAAACGCACUAAAAUGCACGCCUGAAAAUGCAUUGGAAAAAUAACGCAUCCUAUUCCUCGUGUUUGUUUUUAUUUGGAAAAGGCUGAAUUUGGAAGUUUUUACUUUAUACAUGCACAUCCUUUAGAAUUUACCCAAUUAUUUACUGAGCCUUAUGUUGUUCAAACUCGCAUUGCUAAUUUAAAUUAAGACUUUAUAUUUUAUAUAUACAUAUCUUAUCUUAUAUAUGUGCACACACACACACACACACACAUAU